UUGAACGUAAUGGCGGCAUUUGUUAUCACGCCGCGGAGUUGCGGAGUUCCGCAGUAAAAAUAAGGUAGAAACAUUUUUAACUUUUGUGUAGUGAGCCAGAGUACUACUCGCCGUACAGUCUGCUGACAUACUUGCCGAUGAGAUGAAAGACUCGGUUGCCUCUUGUUUGUGUGUGCGUGAGCAGUUUGUGCGGGGAAACAAGCGUGGUUUUGUUUUCUUAUCUUCGUGCGGUAACACCCGCCGAAAGUGCUGAAACAGUAGGGCGUUGUCUUGCUUCUUGCGUGCAAUAGACGCUUGCGGCUUGGAGUCAUGGGCGUCAAGGACCUGUGGGAAGUACUGGCACCCGUCGCCCGCAAGGUUCAGCUCGACGAUCUUCGGGGCAAGCGACUGGCCGUCGAUUUGAGCGGCUGGAUCGUCGAGAGCGAGCAAAUGCGUUCCAAGAUUCACCAGCCGGUAAUUAGGAACCUAUUCUUCCGUUGCAACAAGCUACUCGGCUAUGGGAUCAAGCUGGUAUUUGUGCUCGAGGGCACAGCUCCAGAAGUGAAAGAGGAAACGCUGUCGCAGAGGAACCAAGCACGCGGUGGCGAAGGGUCAAAGUCCAACGGCGGCAUGCUUGCGAGGCGUCGUCCAGGACUCCAGGCCAUCUCAAGUCAGUGCAGAGAGCUGCUUGACGUCCUGGGCCUCCCCUAUGUGCAGAGCACAGGUGAAGCAGAGGGCACGUGCGCCUUUCUUGACAAGAAUGGGAUGGUGGACGGCUGCAUCACACAAGACGGCGAUGCAUUCCUCUAUGGUGCCAAGACGGUCUACCGGAAACUUUGCAUUGAGGACAAGGAUCCCCAUGUCCUGUCCUACAAGAUCGCCGACAUUGAGAAUAAGCUCGGCCUGAAUCGUGAGAAGCUCGUGGCACUGGCUGUGCUUGCUGGGUGUGACUACUUUACUGGAGUUCGCAGCGUUGGAAAGGAGACAGCGCUAAAAUUGCUAGACAAAUUUGGAGACACUGGCUCUCUUGAAAGGCUACGAGACUGGACACGGGAUUCGAAGUAUUCUAAGCUGCAGGAGACGCUUGACAGAAACUGCAAGAAAGGGUCGCAUUGUGGAAACUGCCAACAUCCUGGUACACAGAAGUCACACCACGCUCAUGGGUGCAUCAUGUGCUCGACUGACACUGCCUGUGCAAAGUCGGUGGUGUCCAACUGCACAUGCGAUUGGCAUAAGGCAGAAGCUGUGAAAAGCCAGUGGAGGACAGAGCUCGACGUCCGAAAGAAGGCACUCGACGAGUAUGACAAGUUUCCUCCAGAAAAUGUCAUAUCCGAGUUCCUGACCGACCAGGACGACAUCCAGAGUGUCGACAGCUGCUGGCAGUUUCCUUCUGCAAAAAAAUUUGAGGAUUUCAUGUACGCCAAGCUGGGCUGGGGGCCUGAAGAAAGCCGGGAGAAACUGUUCCCUCUGUUGACCCGCUGCCACCUAGAGCGAGGUGGGAGCAGCUGUGAAGAGGUGGUCACCUUGAAGCCCGUCAAGAUCGUCAAGGAACGAGUGCGGAGAAAUGCCGACUUCUACGAAGUUGAAUGGCUAGCCACUGAGCUGUGGACACAGUCAUCACCACCGAACACUCUGGAGCCCCAGGGACUGUUUGAGGACGUCUAUCCAGAACUGGUGAAGGCAUUCCAUGAUGAACAGAACCAGAAGAGCAAGAAGAAGGCUGUGAUUCCAGAGGGUACCAACAGUGACAUACGGGGAUACUUCAACGUCACAUCCGGAAAGUCGCAGCAAGUCUUCAAAGACAAAAGUGAGGGCACAGGCGAGAAGAAGCUGGGGAAUAAUGCUGCCGACAUUGCUUCGAAAAAGUCUAAAGCUUCAUCAAGCAGCAAGAGCCGGUCAGUCACAACGCGGAUGCGGAAACCGAAGUCGUCGCCACCCAAGACCACCGAAACUGUUGACAGCUACUUCGUGCGGUCACCAAAAUUCUCUGCCAAGUUAGAUGUUUCAGUUGACUCCUCAUUGGACGAAUUCAACGUGCCGCUUUCACAAAGAAUAGCAGCAGCAAUACAAAAACAAGCUGAAUCUCAGCCAACAAGUUCAGCAGGCAGUGUUGCUCCAGCAAAGCCUGGCAAGUCGCUUGAGCCAGUGCUUGUUGGCACUUCUAAGUCAGAUCCAAUUCUGGAAGAAUCUGUAGUUAUGAUGGACGAAGUCUUAUGUCGCAAGACAGACAACCCUGUGGCUGAAAUGACACCAAAUAGCUCACCAGACCUCGCUGAACGAACAGGCAGCUCAUCCUCGAUUACAAGCUUGCCUGAACAGAAGCCCACUGCAUCUGUACAGGAGAAAUUGACAACUCAGCCUGAUGAUGAGGCGAGUAGAAGCACUUCACCGACAUCUGUGGACCUGUCAAAACCAGCCAAAAGUUCAGUUUCGGCUGACGACGGCGUGGUCCUUACAAAUAUAAGCACAACAAAGGAGGGUGCCUGCGGUAGCGGCAUAGAUAGCCUCAAGAGUUCUACCCAGUUUGAGGACUCUAGAAAGCCUUCUUGGCCUGCGAGUUUCAACCUUUCCCUCUCGGAUUCACUGAAAAAAGAGUUCAUGACAUCCAUGGAGCUCAGCAAUGGUGAAGAUGAUGUGGAAAGUGGUAUUGGCUGCACACCGCCGAAACGGCGAAACCUAUCUACACGAAAAAGUGUUACGUCGGCUUCGGAAAUCAGUCCAGAUCGACUUGCAGGCGGUGAUGCCGGCAGAGUAACAUCCUCAAGUUCUGCGGGACCUGAAGGUUCGCCCGACCGUCGAAUCUCCGGGAGGCGUCGCCUCUGGUUCAACGAGACAGUGACGUCCACACCUGUGCACAAGCAGUGCUCAAGAGGAGUGGAGAAAGUGGAAAGGCUAUCGGAAGACGUGCUGGCAUCGUUUGAGUCUCAAGGUAUCAAAUCAGUGAAGUUAGAGUCAGAGGAAAGCUAUGAUCACUCGGGUUCACUUUUUGACUCCAGAGGCGAGUCCUUGGAAUUGUCAGAGAAGAACAGGCAACCGUCGGUCAUUGUCAUAUCUGACGAUGAGGAUAACUGCUGAGGUUGUGACAUUGCUUCGGAGAAGUAUUGUCAUCAUCAUUAUUAGCAUGGAAAAUUGACAUAAUUUUGUCACUGUUUUGGGGGGCAGUGUCUUUGGUAAUCGCCAUAUCUCUAGACAUUGAAGGUUGCUGAAAUUGUGAUAGUAUUGCUUUGGGAAAUGCUUUGUGUGCUAAUUGUGUCCAAAGGAUAAAUGUAUAUGUUUCUAUAACUGUGGCAGAUAGUGUUUCCAUAGUUAAAGAAAUCUUGAACAAGUAACCACUUACUAGCAUGUUUUGUGGAAGGAUUGAGGACAUUGCAGAAAUCCUUGCUUGCAAUCUGAAAGAGCAAAUCUAAAGCCAUAGCUUAGCUGCAUUUUGCUUUGUUGCUAGUGGAUUCUUGUUGUAUUCCGUUUUUUUUUUUUUUUUUUUUUCUGGUCCAAGUGAUGUUAAAUUUUCUUUAAAGUUGUUAAGCAGGCAGAACCGCGUUUUGAGCAAAUGUGGGAGGAUUUGGUAGAAGUCUCAUACUCUUGCAGACAAGAAACUGGUACAGAGAUCUCAUAAAGGAGAAUUUAUGUUGAGCCCAUUUCUGAGUUUUUUUUUUUUUUCCAAGUAGUACAGUCAGAAGCACUCUAAAUUCAAACACUGCUGCACCAACUAAGAUAAACUGCAUUCAAGAGAUAUUUCGUUAUGGAAGCAGAUUUGAUUUAGGUCUUUGGUACCUUAAGAAAAACUCAGUGCCUGCAGUUUCGUGGCUUCAUAAUGAGAACACACAUGUUCAUCUUGCGUGAGCUGCACUUGAUGGCAUUUUGUGUUCGGCACUGUAACCUUGCAUUAUGCCAAAAAUAACAAUUUUCCAAAGUUUUUAAAGUAAUUUACAGUUUAAAUAGUUCGAACUGUAAAUUUGGUGUUUACGAUUGUAGACAUAGUGAGCGAAAGGGCUCACUAUGUCCACAAUGGCAUAAUGCAAGGUUACAGUGCCGAACACAAAAUGCCAUCAAGUGCAGCUCACGCAAGAUGAACAUGUGUGUUCUCAUUAUGAAGCCACGAAACUGCAGGCACUGAGUGGCUCAGAUGACAUUGCCAAACAAGUCAUUAACGAGUUUAAUUCUUCAGGUUGAGGUUGUACUAUCCCUGCUUAUCAGUGUCAGAUUUUUUAUUUAUUUCUGAAUACUGCAUCAGCUUUAUCACAAACCUUAUUCAGCUUCCCAAGGACGAAAUGUAUCUACUGUGCUAAAAGCAGAAAUUCCAAGUUUUUUUUUGUAAUGUAUUUUCUAGUUUAACUGAGCCAAACAAAAGCGGAUUAAUAAUCAGCCGUGUCUUUGAACGAGUGCGAAGAUUUAUGCUAAGCUCUGUGUUGCACCAAAAAAUACCUUUGUAGACAAUACAUCUUAGUGCUGUUAGCAAUGCACACCUUGAACAUCGCCUAGAUGAAAAUUAACCAGGACAUUUUCUCACAAGCCAGAACGCAAAAUGCAUUUUACAAGUUGGUGUUAAGUUUGGACCAAUGUGUGUUUGUAUCCAAGCUUACGAGCCUCAUUUUGUGCCAGUGAUGGUCAUGUUGGCAAAAUGUUUCAGUGUUAUGCAUACAAAUAGAAAACUUAACCAUCUGUUGAAAUAAUAGCUUGGUUAGCAGGAUGUUACAAUGCCGAUAGUGUGGAUCAAGUGUGCAGUGUUUUUAAGUGUAAGAAACUUUUUGUGGAAGGCUAUUCAUGUAGAGACAACUUAAGCAUCUUUGCAAGAAGUUUGCAUCCACAAUUUGCGCUAAAAUUGUUAUAUACAACCUUUUAUUACUUUUUAGCUGCUGCGACUGUUGCAAGGAAACUUGUGAAAGUUUUUAUCUUGUGUUUCAUUAAGGAAAUGUUUUUGGGAGGUUUUAGGAGCAGACGAUGGACACGCUAUGUUCUAUCAUUUCUUGUGUAUCCUUUAGAGCCAAGGGCACUGACUAUUACUUGCUUUUAAAUGUUGGCUUUUCAGUGCCAGGAGUUUUUUUUAUUUGGUACGAGUGACAUCGCUAAGAAUUGUGUAAGCUGUACAUUUCAUUGAUGCAACUUGAAGCAUUGUGUUUAACUUUGACACAUAAUGUGCUGGUGUAGAUUUAAGUCCUUGCUCUGUGGUAACCUAAUGCAUAAAUUCUUUUUGGGAUUUGUUUUUAGUUGCUAGACACUCUACAUUGCAUCAUUUCCUGCACGUAUUUUGUGACCAAAGGCAUUGGCCAUUGCUUUUAGCUGUAGCCAUUUUAAGGAUUUCUUCCAGAGGCAUUUUCUUCAUUCGGUAUAACUGACAUCGCAGAUAACUGUGUAACUUGCACAUUUUAUGUGCAGACUCAAAGUUUUAUUUAGUCUUACCUUUGACCGAGUAUGUGUUAGUGCAGAUUUAGAACUCUGUUCCACAGUAACCUAGUGCACAAAAAUUGUUCUUGUAAUCUGUUUUGGUUGCCAUCUUAAACUGCUUUUAUAUUUCAUUGUAUGACAGGGAGCAGAAAGCUGGAAACAGUUGUAUAAUAGAAUGAGUGAUACCUUGGUUUGAAUCACAGAGUUUAUUGCGCUCUCGACAAAAUAAAGAGCAUGCUUUUUCA